CCACAAAACACGGCAGCGUAAUGGUCACUUGCGCUGAAGGCAAUGUAUUUGGAUUUCCUGGAUAAAUUCUUCAGUUUCAGAUAUAUUCUCAUCCUAGACAGAUCAGGAUGAAAGGACUUCUCCUAAUAUCUGCUGUAUGUGCUGCAGUACAGGGUCAGGAUGAACCCCGGGUUGGAAGUGACGGAAGACCUCUUCUAAAUAAACCUAAACUAGAUCUCUGCAAAGACCGGAAGUUUCACGAGAAAUACGGGAAGCAUCAUUACUUCCUCUCCUGGAGAGAACCAUGGAACAAGUUUGAGGAUUGGGAUUGGUUUAACGGGCGUAAUUUCUGCCGUGAGAGAUGUAUGGAUCUUGUCUCCUUCGAGGAUCCUGAGGAAUACAGACACUUUGCUAAAAUACUUUUCAAGGACAAUGUGAGCUCCAUCUACACUUCAGGAAGAAAGUGCAAUUUCCAAGACAAGGGAUGUGAUUCCCCUACACUUCAACCUAUCAACAUCAACGGAUGGUUUUGGGCUGAUGGAAACACAAGGAUUCCCCCAACCAAUAUUCCAUCAAGAUCUACAUUUUGGUCCAGAACUGGGGAAGCUGGGAAACCACAGCCUGAUAACUACAACGGACUCAAGGAGGGAAAACUUGAAGACGUUCAGGAUAAAAGUGGAUUAACAGUUGAGGGCCUCCAGGAGUUCUACGACGAGGCCUGCCUGGCAGUCCUUAACAACCAAUACAAGGACGGGAUCCAGUGGCACGAUGUGCCUUGCUACUUCAGGUCCAAAUUGAUCUGCGAGGACUCUGACCUACAGAUGGAGAGGAUCAAGGAGGAGACUAAGGUCGAUGUCAGGAUCCCCACAACCGAUAAGGCCGAGGAGAAGAAACCAAAAGCUUAGAAAGACGACAUUACGCGUCACAUUCUAGUCGUAAGAAAAUCUAACUGACUACCCUGCUAUUUUACUUAUUAACGGCAUCGAUACUUAAUAAGAAAUAGAUAUUUGUUGAAAAUCUUGUCGUUACCAAAUAAUGUCCUUUAAACUAUUUAUUUAUUUAAUAAAGUUUAUUCUUACCCAUGA